CAAGAAAGUUAUGUUCAGCGCUCCUCAUUCCAGCUACCGUCUUCACUAUUCUAAAGUGGUGCGCGUUCGCUGCUUCUCAUAAUGGCGCCAGCAACGCCUCCGCCGCCUCAGAUGCCCGACUACAGGGUUACACCUCUGCUGCCGUCGCCGACGGGCCACUCGAACUUUGUGAACCCAGAAACGCGUUCGCCGAUGGCACUCGCUGUCUGCGGCGUAAUGUUGGGGUUCAUGGUGACAGCCCUUUUGCUGCGGUUCUAUGCGCGUCACAGAGUGUUGGGAAUUGUUGGUGUGGACGACUGGGUGGCUCUUUUGGCAGCAGUUUUUGUUGCAGAAUACACAGUAUAUGCGAUGGUGCUGUUUACGAUGCCCGGAAUGGGCCCGCACAUCUGGGAUAUUCCUGGCAUCGUCUUCCUUGACCCCAAGUUUGGGCUGCGACUUCUGUUUACUGAGAUCAUGUAUGCGCCAUCAGCAUAUCUCACCAAACUUUCCAUCCUCCUCCUCUACAGGCGCAUCUUCGUCGCUCCCGGCGGGAAAGCUAAGUACUUCAUCAACGCCGGUAUUGUCCUCGCUACAAUCGCCUACCUUGCCCUUUUCAUCUUGAGCUUCGCUUUUUGCACCAAAAGCCAAAGCCUCGUGGAUGGCGGCGAAUGUCACUCGAAAGGCGCACAAGUGGGCUGGGCGCUGGCAGCUACCAACCUGGCCGCGGACCUCUACCUCCUCGCAAUCCCGCCAUUUAUUAUUGCUCAUUUGCAUCUUUCGGUUACUCGGAAGUGGCAGAUUGCGUCAAUUUUCCUGCUUGGUAUCGGUGGCACUGUGUCAAGCGUAGUCUGCUUGUAUCUUCGCGUCCACGUUGCGGCAAACAGCACUGAUUUUUCAUGGAACAUUAUCCCACCUGCAAUCGCGAGCGUUGUCGAACUGAAUGUAGGCAUCAUCGUUGCCUCCCUCCCCGCGCUGAACGUCCUUCUGCACAGAGGACGCAACGCCGGGACCGGCAGAGGGUCGCACCCAUCUCGAGGAGGUUGGUCCCUCCAGCAUCUGGUUUCUCGAAUCUCCAACCGUGCUCGCGGCAAAGACUUGUCCUACGGGGAUGCAUCUGUUGCAUCGCAUAGCCAGAGCCAACCCGGAGACAGGGAUAUCGUCAAGCUCCUUGAGAUAAACCAGUACUCUACUAAUACGCACACGGGUUCGGUAAAGAGCGGAUCGCCCGCUGCUUCGGCGCAUCGGCAUUCGUCAAUAUCGAAUUAAAAGGUGACUGUGCGCGUGGU